CGGCGGCGGAGCGGACUCGGCGGGGCGGGGGCUACGCUCGGCCGCGGGCGGUGACGGCGACGGCGGGUCCGGUUCGGGCAGCGCCGAGGCGGCAGGGGCAGCGGCUGGGCCCCGGCCCUGUGCGUCCGUGCGCGCGCGCCCCUUGGAUGUGAAUCGGCGGCGGCGGCGGCUGCGGCUGCGGAGGAGCCUCGGGCGGAGGGCCGGCCGGCGCCGGGCGGGGAGAGAGCGCACCAUGGAGCCGCGGCGGGGGGUCGCCCGCGCGGCGGCGGCGGUGGUGCUGCUGCUGCUGCUGCUGCCGCCCCGGGGCCGGGCGGACGAGCACGACCACACGUACCAAGAUAAAGAAGAAGUUGUUUUAUGGAUGAAUACUGUAGGACCAUACCACAAUCGCCAAGAAACAUAUAAAUACUUCUCACUUCCUUUCUGUGUGGGAUCGAAAAAAAGCAUCAGCCAUUACCAUGAAACACUGGGAGAAGCACUUCAAGGAGUUGAAUUGGAGUUUAGUGGCCUAGAUAUAAAAUUCAAAGCAGAUGACGUGCAGACCAACUACUGUGAGAUUGACUUAGACAAAGCAAAAAGAGAUGCUUUUGUAUAUGCUAUCAAGAAUCACUACUGGUACCAGAUGUACAUCGAUGAUUUACCAAUAUGGGGUAUUGUUGGUGAAGCAGAUGAAGAUGCUGAAGAUUACUAUCUUUGGACCUACAAAAGGCUGGAAAUAGGUUUCAAUGGAAAUCGAAUUGUGGAUGUUAACUUAACUAGUGAAGGAAAGGUGAAACUGAUAGCAAAUACCAAAAUCUCAAUGUCAUAUUCAGUGAAAUGGAAAAAAUCAGAUAUAAAAUUUGAAGAUCGAUUUGACAAAUAUCUUGAUCCAUCUUUUUUUCAACACAGGAUUCACUGGUUUUCAAUUUUCAAUUCUUUCAUGAUGGUUAUCUUCUUGGUGGGCUUAGUUUCUAUGAUUUUAAUGAGAACUUUAAGAAAAGAUUAUGCACGCUAUAGUAAAGAGGAAGAAAUGGAUGAUAUGGACAGAGACCUAGGAGAUGAGUAUGGCUGGAAACAGGUACAUGGAGAUGUAUUUAGACCAUCAAGUCACCCUCUGAUAUUUUCCUCACUUAUUGGUUCUGGAUGCCAGAUAUUUGCGGUAUCUUUCAUUGUCAUUAUUGUUGCAAUGAUAGAGGAUUUAUACACAGAGAGGGGAUCAAUGCUCAGUACAGCUAUAUUUGUUUAUGCUGCUACAUCCCCAGUGAAUGGCUACUUUGGAGGAAGCCUUUAUGCUAGACAAGGAGGAAGGAGAUGGAUAAAGCAGAUGUUUGUUGGGGCUUUCCUUGUUCCUGCAAUGGUGUGUGGCACUGCCUUCUUCAUUAAUUUUAUAGCCAUAUAUUACCAUGCUUCAAGAGCUAUUCCAUUUGGAACAAUGGUUGCUGUUUGUUGCAUCUGUUUUUUUGUUAUUCUUCCUUUGAAUCUCGUUGGUACAAUUCUAGGCAGAAAUCUGUCAGGUCAGCCCAACUUUCCUUGUCGCGUCAAUGCUGUGCCUCGUCCUAUACCGGAGAAAAAAUGGUUCAUGGAACCAGCCGUUAUUGUUUGCCUCGGAGGAAUUUUGCCUUUUGGCUCAAUUUUCAUUGAAAUGUACUUCAUUUUCACAUCUUUCUGGGCAUACAAGAUCUACUAUGUUUAUGGCUUCAUGAUGCUGGUGCUUGUCAUCCUUUGCAUUGUGACUGUUUGUGUAACCAUUGUAUGCACAUACUUCCUGCUAAAUGCAGAGGAUUAUAGAUGGCAAUGGACAAGCUUUCUUUCUGCUGCAUCAACUGCAAUCUAUGUUUACAUGUAUUCCUUUUACUACUAUUUUUUCAAAACAAAGAUGUAUGGCUUGUUUCAAACAGCAUUUUACUUUGGUUAUAUGGCAGUAUUUAGCACAGCCUUGGGGAUAAUGUGUGGAGCAAUUGGUUACAUGGGAACAAGUGCCUUUGUCCGAAAAAUCUAUACUAAUGUGAAAAUUGACUAGAGAAACAAGAAAACUGGGAACUCUGGAUCAGUUACUGUUUCAUAGGGGUGGAACUUGCACAACGUAAAGCGCAAGAAGAUAAUUGGGCUUUAACACUGGGUACUUUGUGGGUCUCUGUUUCAUGGAUGGCUUAAAGUAACAUCUAUUUUCAUUGAUCCUAGGUUCUUACUGACUGCUUUCUCCAACUGUUCACAGCAAAUGCUUGGAUUGUAUGCUAUAGGCAUUACUACAGUACAUGGCUAAUCUUCCCAAAAACUAGCUCAUUAAAGAUGAAUAGACUAGCUCUCUUCAGUGAAGAGGACAAACAGUUUAUUUAAAGCAUUUGUUCCAUUUAAAUAAAAAAGUGGGAAACUUGGCUGCUAAAAUUACAUGAAUAGAAAUCUUUCUGGAAUUUGGAUAUUGAAAAAAGAAUAGUGUUCCAGAAGAUUACUUUUCCCUUAUUUUUGCUGCCAUUGUCAGGAUAGUGGGAUGUUUUUAUAUUUUGGAUCUGGGCUCUAUAUUUUUUUCCAGUUCAUUUGCCAUAUCAACUAUACCUACAUUCAUUUGUUUAAGAGAAUUAAAAAGUAUAUAUAUAUUAAAGCCUGCAUGUAAUAUAUCUGCUGUCGUUCUAUUUGGACCAAUUUCCCAUUUAUUUAUCUUUAAAAUAAAUAUCCAGUUACAUCUUAAUUCCAUCCAAAGAAGAUACAGUCUGAAGACAGAGAUGUAUUCUCUACAAUGCAAUUUACUGUACAGUUAGAAAGAAAAAUGUUAAAUGAAGAAAAUACUUGUUUUUAUCAAACAUUUGGAGUUCUACAAAACAUUUUAAUUGAAUGUCUAAAGUGAUUAUCUUCCUUACCACCCACCCCUCCUCCUUUAGUCUUACAUCUUUUGUUUGGGUUUGAAUGAAGGCUUUACGUAAAUUAAGACAUUAUUAAAAAAAAAUGGGAGGGAGGGGGAGAGGGUAAUAAAUGUAUAUAACAUGAAAUAAUGUAACUUAGUUGUAGAUCCCAAAUGCAUUUGGAUGUACAGAUUUACUACGGAGUACUUUUUCUGAUGAUGAUCUGGUGUAGAAAUAUGUGAAUUUGGGUAGCUUUUUACAUCUUGCUUACCAUUGCAUGAAACAUUGGGGUUUCUUCACAGUGUGUGUGUGUGUGUGUCAUACUUAUUUUUCAGGGGAGGGUUGUUUUCUUCUUUUUCUUUCUGAGGCUUUUACUGGAGCCAAAUUUGUAAUUUAGAACAUUUAAUUUUGUUAAUCCUGUCUGGACACAUACAAUAUCUAAAGCAUUACUGCUUUAGAGUGUUCAGAAAAUUAAAAUAAAAUUUCCUGACAAAAUUGUUUUGAUUGUGAAAAUAGAUGUGUUUGCAGUUUGAAAAGUCUGUUCAAAAAGGCAACUAUUACUGAAUGCCAGUUUUUAUAUACAGUGUUGUUUUCAAAUCCAGAGAACCCACACUUUAGAGUCCAGAGUCCUUGCUUCCAUCUAGAUUGUCCUGUACAAUUCCAGAAUUAAUGACUAUCCAUUCUUGGUUGGCCUUUGGUGUGUUCAAGUUGGUAUGUUGUGUGAAAAGUAGGAGUGUAGUAUGAGGAUUUCUUAAAAUGGGCAAAUAAAGGUCACACAUUUCAAA